GAAAGCUUCGCUCUAUUUCUCUUUCCGGCGGCAGCCUCGAAGCGACGCGUACCGGAACGGACCCUCUAGUUGGCUUCUACAGCUCUCUAUGGUAAAUUGGACUGAUCGGCUGGGCGGGCUUAUUCGCUCGCCAAUUGAUUCCGUCUCUUGGCUACUAUGGCGCCUCCGAAAGAAAAUGUCAGCCUACUUUUUAAAUUGUACUGCUUGACGGUGAUGACCUUAGUGGCUGCAACGUAUACAGUAGCAUUGCGAUACACAAGAACAACCGGAGCAGUACUGUACUUUUCUUCUACAGCCGUUUGCAUUACAGAAGUUAUCAAAUUAUUCCUAAGUUUGGGCAUUUUAGCAAAGGAGACUGGAAGCCUUGGUAAAUUGUCAAUGUCUUUGAAAGAAAAUGUUUUAGGCAGUCCUAAAGAAUUAUUGAAAUUAAGUGUUCCUUCGGUUGUGUAUGCUGUUCAGAAUAAUAUGGCCUUCCUGGCUCUCAGCAAUUUGGAUGCCGCAGUUUAUCAGGUGACAUACCAGCUGAAAAUCCCCUGCACUGCCUUAUGUACUGUCCUGAUGCUGAACCGCAGCCUUAGUCGAUUGCAGUGGUUCUCAGUAUGUAUGCUGUGUGGUGGAGUCACGCUGGUGCAGUGGAAGCCAGCUCAGGCUACUAAAGUUCAGAUGGAACAGAAUCCACUGCUAGGAUUCGGAGCGAUAGCAAUUGCUGUUAUAUGUUCAGGAUUUGCAGGAGUGUAUUUUGAGAAAGUGCUAAAAAGCUCUGAUACAUCUUUAUGGGUGAGGAACAUCCAGAUGUAUCUCUCUGGAAUUGCAGUGACAUUGCUUGGAGUCUACACAGCCGAAGGAGCUCAAGUACUGGAGAAAGGGUUUUUUUAUGGCUAUACGCCAUAUGUCUGGUUUGUCAUCUCUAUAACUUUCUCUCUGGGCGCUCUGCUUGUCUGUGUUUCAAUAUAUCUGUAUGGAUUGCCUCGACAAGAUACAACGAAAAUCCAGCCAGCAGAAACAAAAACGUCAAAAGGAAAUCUUAGUAAUGUGUGAUGUCUGUCUUCAUGAAGAAUAGAAAAGGCAAUACAAAAUAAAAAGAGACAGUUUGUAUGCCUGUCCCCACCCCGGAUUUUCUUUUUGAAUGAAAUCCUUCAAUUCCAAUUCAUGGAAAGCUUCUGAUGGGACCGAAAAUGAAGCUGGUUAUUCAUUGGGUGAAAAUAGACACUGAAGGAAGAUUCUUCGCUAAUCUGUAGAAUCUCACUUUUCCUUAUAAACUUUGGUCUUUUACUAUUGAAGAUGCCUUGUGUGGAAAAGAAGGAAUGGAAGGCACCCUUACACAUAAAUAGGGAGAUGGUCAUGGAAUUUCCUCCUGUGUUGUAACAUUUUAUGUAGGCUUUGUUGCCGGAAAUGCUUGUGGUUGAAAGGAUAAGGAUAAAAGGAUAAUUCAAAUUUAAAAGUCUUUUUCUCCAUGGAUACCUGACAUGAAGAUCUAGCCAAAUGCUACACUCCUUUUACAAUCAAAAUCAUAAUUGCAAUAGGAAAAACAAAGUUGUGAGAUAGAAGAAUGCUGUUGCUGGAGCUUUAAAACUGAAAAUGGUAAUUUAUUUUUUAAUAUCCCCAGGAUCGCUACUUUUUGAAAAACCACAAGGAAGGAAAAAAAAUACUGUGAUUUCUUUUAAGAAUUUUCUAUUGUAAAAGGGAAGGGGAUAGAGCACUGUACAUACAUUUACUCCUGCAUUGAAUUAACUGAUAAAUACAUACAUACAUUCUUGUGCAGUAUG